CUUAGCGAUUAAGAAUUUUCGGAUCGCGCUGAGGGAAAUCAAUCCUCGUAGAUGCCUAUAAAAACUUGUUCAGAGGAUAACGCGGUUGGAAGAUAUUUCGGUAAAACGAAUGAAUAUCCUGGUUGAUUAUGUCGUUGCCUUGACAAUAAAAAAUGACAAGAGACUGAUGUAGUAGACAAAUUCCACUAAAAUGAGAGUAGGCAAGGUUUCUCGGAUUCAAAUGCAAUGAUUUCUUUAACAUUUGUUAUAUCCUCGCAUUAAUGUAUUUUUCGUUUUCCUACAUAUGUUGAUAUAAUAAUACUACAAUGAACAAAAUUUCAAAAGUAUAAUUUUUCGAUCGGUACUUCUUUUAUAAUGAGCAUAUCAUUUUAAUUUAUCUUCUUCAGUCUUUGAACUUUCAUUUUCUUUGAAAAUGUAUUUAAACUUUAAAGGAAUAUUCUGAUUAAUAUUUCUCUUUUCUUGUUUCGUUUUCUCAAACAUUAGCAUUUUGAAAAGUCAUUUUUAACGUUCGUAAAAUAUUAACACCAAGAAAUAGUCAUUAACUACGAUUAAGGUGAAGGUGACAAUUGCUAAUCAAGAAUUACAUAAGUAUCUACUAUCACUAAUUAUUAUCAAUUGUACAAUACAAUUGUCAAUUAUUAACAUUAUCCCCAUACUUUUCUAAUAAAUUUGACAAUGAUGUUUUUUUUUUCGCAUGUUUGAGUAUCGAUUCUAUUAUGUACAAAAUGUUUUUUAAAAUAUUUUCUUAUAGCCAGCAGUGUUUAACGGUUACCAUAAUGACAUUAUUACAUUUGCAUUUCAUUAAAAACGAGUUAGUAUCGGUUUCGAGUAUUGGAUUUGUAAGAUCAAAUCCACAGCACCCGAGAACUACAUCUUUUAUUCAAACGCUUCGAUGCAAUUCAUACAAUAGAAUAAUAUAUUCUAAUAUUUUUAAACUGUUCUAAUUUCAUACUGUUCACUUUCAAGAAUAUAUUACAAUAUAUUUUUAUUAGUACAUGUUCUUUAUAAAACAUGAAAUUCAAGAAUAAGAUAGUAUAACAUGACAAUAGAAAUUAUUGCAAGUCAAUGUGCUUAUUGCGUAACAACGCAUAGUUUUCUUUGUACUUCCUUCAAAUGUAUAUAUUAUUUGUACAAAAUUCAAACGACAUUAAAAAUUCGCUGACUAAACUUCAUUAAAGUAAAUUAGUGAAAACAGUACUUCGUAUUCGCAAUUUCACCAAAAAUAUUUAGUUUGUUAAAAAAUAAUUGUAGGAUUUUCUUUUAACAUAUUACUAAUUUAUGCCCUCUUUUUAGGUUUCACGAAGUGAUAACGAUACGUGAAGUAUCUGAAGUACGCGCGGGGAAUAUUCUACACUUAUAUAGUAUAGUUAAUAUGAAUGAAAUAAAUGUUGGAUAUUUGAGUAUACAACAUAGACUUUUUGGAAGUAACAUUAUACCGUAUAAUACCAGUUUUCACUUGGUGGGGACAAAGGAUUCAUUUGCUGAUACUUGUUUAAGCACCAAUAUGUUUUCGUUCUGUUUAUAGAAUAGCUCGCGGAAGUUCAGGUGUCAAUAGAAAUCUUAGAAAAAAAAUUAUAAUUUGAUAAUGAUUGUUUUUAAACUCUUUCUUUUCCUGAGUGUUAUCUGCUUAACUUUAGAAUUGCCUACACUAGUUGAAAAUGUUGAGACAAGUAAUGAUGAAGAUAAUAAAGAUAUUGAAAGUGAUACCCUUCGACUAGUAACAGUGGUAAUGAGGCAUGGAGACAGAGCACCACAAGACACUUAUCCAAAUGAUCCUUAUAUCAAUAAUUCCAUGGAGCCUUAUGGUUGGGGUCAAUUAACAAAUGAAGGAAGAAGAAAUCAAUACAAUCAAGGUGUUUUCUUAAGGAAACAGUACAAUAAUUUUUUGGGUCCAACUUAUAGCCCUAACAUAUUUUACUUGCAAUCCACUGCUGUUGACCGUACAAAAAUGUCUGCCAUGUUAGAAGCAGCAGCUUUGUGGAAACCAACUGAGAAACAGUCUUUUAAACAUGAUUUAGCUUGGCAACCUGUUACCUUAUUUUACCAACCACGUUCGGAAGAUAGGUUAAUGUUAAUAUGGGAUACAUGUCCAAAAUAUACUAAAUUACGACAUACAAUUACGAACUUGUCAGAAGUUCAACGAAUUCAAGAUGAAAAUAAACAAUUCUACAAAGAAUUGACGAAUUUAACAGGUAUGGUGAUUUCAACUCCCGGUGAUGUGAGUUCACUUUACGGAACUUUAACAGCAGAGAAACAUAUGAAUUUGACUCUUCCCGAGUGGACUAAAGAUUAUUAUCCUGAUAAACUAAUACCGCUUACAUUAUACGAUUUUCAACUUAAUGUGUAUAAUGAUGAUCUUAAGAAACUUAAAGGAGGACCUUUUCUAAAAAAGAUUGUUAGCGAUAUGUUAGCGAAAAAAAAUAAUAUUUUAAAACCUGAAGAAAGAAAAAUGUUUAUGUAUGUUGGUCAUGACAGUACUAUUGUAACUUUAAUGGAUCUUAUGCAUGUAUGGAACAAUCAAAUGCCACAUUAUAAUAUUAUGGUAAUGAUUGAGUUGCAUGAAAAAAACGGUGGAUGGAAUGUUCAGAUGUUUUUAAAAAAUAGCACUGAACAUAAACUAUAUCCUCUGAAUGUUCCUGGGUGUACAACAGUAUGUCCUCUUGAACAGUUAGUACAGAUUUUAAAACCAAUGAUUCCAGAUAAUUGGGAUGAAGAGUGUAAAGUCGAUGGAGACUAUACUCCUCCACCUGCCCCGCUUCCUUGACUAUAGUUAUUUGGUUUAUGUUGAGCAUCUGGAUGAUUUAGUAAUUCAGGUGGACAAGUAGAUAUAGGACUUGCAAGAAUAGUUUGCUUCAGAUCGUAGAACAGAUGACUAUCGUCUUUGGUACAGAAUGAAAUGGCAAGACCAGCUUUUCCAGCACGUCCAGUUCUACCAAUACGAUGCGUGUAGUCUACAAACACGUGAAAAGUAACAUAUAUUCCUGUCCACACAAUUCGAUUUCUUUUAAUAAUAUAUAUUUACCUUCUAUA